ACGAGAAGAAAGACCGAUAUGACCGUCGGGCAGAUGCACUACGAGAGCGGUUGCAAAACCAACCUCGUUCCUCGGCACAGUCAAGCCGCAGGAAGCCAGAGAAGCUAAGCGGCAUUCCCACCUUCAAGGGAGUGGUUGCCGAUCUGGCUAGCUUUCUGACCUUGGUUGAAGUCAAGUUCGAGUACUUUUCCGAUUGCUGUCUGACGGACAUGGAUAAGAUCAACUUGGUCAUACCUCUUCUCGAAGACCAAGCCCGCAACUGGUACCUUGGGAUACAUGCUCACAUUAACCGCGAAGCGGCAAGACGAGCGGGUAUGCCGUUCAACAAGAAUGGUCCGCUACGGACUUGGAAAGGUUUCCGUGAACGGUUGGAGCAGAGUCACGGAGGUGACAACGUGAAUCGGGAUAAGAAUCUUCUCGCGUGGAAUAGCUUGGUGAUGACCCCACACCAGAGCGCUCCCUACCUGGAUAAGAUUAUCGAUCUGAUGUACAAGCUGAACUACACAGACCACCAACAGGUUAAGGAUAAAGUGAGGGCUGGAAUAUCGUCUGAGCUUCGGAAAUCGUGGGCGUUGAUGACACCACACCCCGAAACCCUCGAUGACUACCUAGACUUGCUUCGGAAAGUUGGUCAUAACCGCGAAGAUGACAAGCGCUUUGGACAUCUUAACGAGGAUAAACCCACGAAGCCACGAGAAAGACGAGAGAAGGAGACUUCUAAACCUUCGGGAAGGUUUAAGAAGAAAGAGAAAGGUUCGGGUUGGAAGGACAACAAAACGCGGAAGACCGCUAAUGUUGGCGCCGGUAAGCAGGCAGGGACGUCUGAGUAUGCUAUUGCUCAUCGAGACAUCCCUCAGACCCUGACUGAGAAACGACGCAACAAUAAGCAAUGCACUAAGUGUGGGAGAGAAGGACACUUCUGGAGACAGUGUUCGGUUACCUCCCGUGUCGUACAUGCUGUGAGGAAUACCGCGGGAGUGAAACGGUCACGACCAAAAGCGGAAUCCUCUACUAGUGGCAACAAGCGACUUAAACGUAUUGAAGCGUCUCGACCGCCGCCAUCUGGCCCCAAACUUUUGGAAGCCCGCAAACCCUCACCUACUAUUAUGGAGGUUGACACGGGUGAUGAACUAGGUAAGAACCUAAUCCUCUGACGAAAUGACUUUGACUAACUUUCUAGAUCUAUGAAGAUCUUAAGGAAGUAAAUGGUCACUCAAGAAGGACGGAUUUAAGGUAAGAACCUAUCCGCGAUGACUAGCUCUUCAGUAUUAACGAGGUCUUUGACAUAGGAAUGUCGGAAGACUACUUCGUUAGGUAGAUGUUGUGGUCACGCGCGGUGAUAGGUUUUGUCUUUUCGUUCUUGGGAUUUAGUUAUUUCAUAAGGGUAUUUUAUGUUAAAUUCAUGUUGGACAACUUCGGGGAAA